CUUUCCAACCCUGCCAUUCGAUCGGCUGUCGUCUGUUCCCACGGGAGCUGUCGUGAGUUCAUCGAGCGACUCGUGCGAAGUUCAUGGGCUUGAUGCUGCUUUCAAUCUUUUGUGUAGUGGUUUAUGGAGAGUGUGUAGAAGUUUAUUAAUUACGAGUGGCCCCGGAGCCGUUCCAUAACACCUGUAGGCUAUUCUUGGAGGGGAGAAGCGUUUUCUUGCUUAUCAUCUAAGCUGGAUGUGAUGAGACUUGCACUUGUGAAGCAGUUAGGGGAUCAGGGAGAGUACACUUGGACCUCUCUGGCUUAGGUCCUCAAGGGUGUGUUGAUUCGUUGCUUCUUGGGGUAUGUAACGGAGGUCAAGAACUUGGAAUGGACUGUGAAGUCGGUAGUCUUCGUCUUGUAGAUUGUUUUGUUUUAAUAAUGUUCUAUGCAUUCGGAGGCAAGAACAAAAGGCUUCAGAAAGACGAUAGAUUUUUUGAAAAUAAAUUUUAAAUAUAAUUUCUUUUCUGAUGCGUAGCUCAUCAGGGCUGUUGUCCUGAAGAGGACAACAACUGGAGUUUUGGAUUCCAUAGUAGGACUUUAUAGUUUUUGAUCUUCUUAGUAACUGCUGAACGAAGCAGAGAAAACUUUAUGCUGCAACCAACAGCAUAUCGGUAUUAUGCUUUCAGUGCUGCAGCGGUUAAGCAGUGAGAAUUACAAGGUCGAUUAUUACGAGGAGCAAUUGCGAAACUCUUCGCGAUUGAAAGCUUCAGUUUGCUUAGGCCGUUUAGAAGUCCUACCAUCCGCCGAGCAGUGUGAUUUUAAUGUUUGACCUCUUACUUUGAGUUUCUCAUGCUUUAAGAAUGAGGCUUUAACACCAAAGAUACUGCGCAUGAGGAUUCAGACUACCUGUAGAGUACACGAAAUAGCAGUGCUUUCAUGGGACCGAAGCCCUAUCUCAAUGUUGAGUAGAUACGUGAAGCACUUUAUCGGUACCACCUCUCGGUAUUUGUAUGAUCAGACAGAAGCAGAUUUCUCAUUAUGGUCACAGUUCUGACGGGGUUCGAUUUUGGUGAAGGAGCCGAGAAAGUGGAAUUUUGAGAUGAGUUUGAAAAAGUAUGUUUACAUGUGGAGUAUGUGAUUCGAAAUUUGCAAUUUCUUUGUCGGGAAUUAGUGAAGGUUGGGUUGAAGUCCAUGCCGGAAUUGUCUUCCAUUGAAUGACAGUCUUCUGGGGCUAGCUGCUUGCUAGUGGGGAUGGUCAGCUGCUGGCCAUAAUUCAUUGAUUGAACGGCAUUUUAUGUUGUGCCACCCGGAGUUUGAGUCCAAGGUCUAGCUUUCUUGUAUUGCUGGCUGUUCUGAAACUUUCUCAGAUUCAGCUGCUGCAAUGCUUAGCAAGUAGUUGGUGAUAUCGACCGAGCCGUAAUGAUCGGAAUUAGAGAAUGAUGUUGGGGUUGAUGCAAUGAGGAGGUUUCGGACCUUCAGUACUUGCAGCCGAUGCAUUGCGAUCGAGUUAUGUGCUCCUAGAUGCCGGCUCCAUUAAUACAAUGGUUACAUGUCCAACAAAAAUCACCAGAAGUUGAUUUUGUGAACCGGCGGGGAUGCCUCAAAAGUGCUCUACUUUCCAGCCAUCUUGCUUUGAGAUCCUGGUGCUGCUGCUAUGGGCUGGGACACUCACUGCUGCCGAAAAGCACAGUCACUCACAUUGGUAUGAAAGAGAAACAACCGGCGAAGCUCCACAAACUCACUCUUGCAUCCAUGAUAGAAUCCUGGAACAGCAGCGGCGGGCCGGGGUCAAUCAGUACAAGAUCACACCCCAGGUGUAUGACACAAGUGCUGAGCUGGUGGAGGAUGAAUCACAUGGGCGUGCGUUGCUACAAGAGGCGGAUGUGGACAGGAGACAACCUGUUAGGAUCUUUCUCAAUUACGACGCCGUGGGACAUUCCCACGAUCGAGACUGUCGAGCUCCUGGAGAGAUUGUGAAGCUUGGGGAACCCGCUCCCAGCAGCAUUCCCGGAUUUCCGGCGUGCAACUCCCACGUUGAACCGCCCAUCUUCGGAGACUGCUGGUACAAUUGCACAUUAGAUGACAUUUCCGGAGAGGACAAGAAGAACCGUCUGCACGAAGCAUUAGGACAGACAGCGGCAUGGUUUAGAAAGGCCCUUGCUGUCGAACGAAUCAAGGGACCGUUGAGGCUGAGCGGCUAUUCUGCUUGUGGCCAAGAUGGAGGUGUCCAGCUUCCUCGUGAGUAUGUGGAUGAGGGUGUAGAGAAUGCCGACCUUGUGUUGUUGGUCACAACUAGACCCACCACAGGCAAUACUCUCGCGUGGGCUGUGGCUUGUGAGCGAGAUCAAUGGGGUCGUGCCAUUGCGGGGCAUGUGAAUGUGGCGCCGCGGCAUUUGACUGCCGAAGCUGAGACUCUUUUGUCUGCUACUCUCAUUCAUGAGGUUAUGCAUGUGUUGGGUUUUGAUCCACACGCCUUUGCUCACUUUCGAGAUGAGCGCAAGCGGAGGCGCAGUGAGGUGGUGGCACAAGAGUUCGACUCCAAUUUGGGGCGAAUGGUGACGCGUGUCGUUUUGCCCAGGGUGGUUGUGCAUUCACGGCAGCAUUAUGGGGCUUACUCCAAGAAUUUCAGUGGAUUAGAACUGGAAGAUGGUGGAGGGAGAGGGACGGCGGGGUCGCAUUGGGAGAAGCGAUUGUUGAUGAAUGAAAUAAUGACUGGGUCGGUGGACACAAGAUCGGUGGUGUCAGCCAUGACAUUGGCGCUCCUGGAGGACAGCGGUUGGUACAAGGCAAAUUAUAGCAUGGCAGAGCAGCUGGACUGGGGUAGAAAUCAGGGUGUCGAUUUUCUCUCGUCAAGGUGUGACGCUUGGAGCGGAGCCUACCGCUGUAAUAGCACAUCCCCGUCUGGUUGUACUUACAAUCGUGAAGCCGAGGGCUACUGCCCCAUUGUAAAAUACAAUGGUGACUUGCCGACCUGGGCACGUUACUUCCCUGAGGCUAAUAAAGGAGGCCAAUCUUCGUUGGCGGAUUACUGUGCAUACUUUGUCGCUUAUUCUGAUGGGUCCUGUACAGAUACAAAUAGUGCCCGGGCUCCAGAUAGAAUGCUCGGUGAAUCUCGAGGGCGGGAUUCUAGAUGUAUGGCAUCUUCUCUAGUGCGCUCUGGAUUUGUGCGCGGCUCCAUGACACAGGGAAAUGGUUGUUAUCUGCAUAGAUGUAGCAACAACUCUCUCGAGAUUUCCGUUGAUGGAGUGUGGAAGACGUGUCCACGAGAAGGUGGUCGGAUUGAGUUUCCAGGUUUCAACGGGAACUUGGAAUGCCCUAUGUACCAUGAGCUUUGUGAUGACUCGCUUGCAUCUAUACCCGGGAAAUGUAAUCAGAACUGCCAUGGGAACGGGGAGUGCAUCGAAGGAGUAUGCCGCUGUUUCCUCGGUUUCGGUGGUGAAGACUGCCGCGAACGUAUUUGUCCCAGGGGAUGCAGUGGGCAUGGUACCUGUACAGAGAAUGAAAUGUGUGAGUGCGAAGCAGGCUACACUGGUGUCGACUGCUCCACCGCUGGUUGUGACGAGCAGUGCAGUCUUCACGGAGGUGUCUGUGACAAUGGAGUGUGUGAAUUUCGUUGCUCAGACUACGCAGGCUACACCUGCCAAAACAGCAGCAAUCUCAUCCCCAGCCUUUCACUGUGCGGCGACGUGCUAGUCGGUGAGUCCCAAGCGCAACACUGUGCCCCAAGCGAAUUCUCAAUUCUGCAGCAGCUAGAGGUCGCGGUGGUCAAGCCUAAUUACAAUCGCCUCCUCCCAAGUGGCCGGCUCUUCUUCAGUAUGUUUGACGACGGGUACUGCGCCACAGCAUCUAAGCGCCUCGCUUGCUGGAUAUCAAUACAGCGCUGCGACACAGACGGUGACAACCGGCUGCGUGUUUGCCACUCCGCAUGCGAGUCCUAUAACACUGCAUGCGGCGCUAGACUUGACUGCUCCGAUCGCACUCUCUUCAGCGGCAAAAAAGGCGACGGCGAGGGGAUCUGUACAGGAGACGGCGCAGUGCGCACAUGGUGGCAGAUGCAUCUCACCACCACUCUCCUCCUGAUCGCCGUCCUCCUCUUGCUGCUCAUGACGUGCUCCCUGCUAGCCAAGCUUCGGGGCUUGCAUUCUCAGCCACCCCCUUCGUCAUCCGGGGCCCGAUCCCCGCGAUUCCACCAAGUCAUGUGGUGGAUCGCCCUUGGGGAUCCCAUUCGGGACGACAUCUAUGGGUUGAGUCCGUUGGGGCUGGGACCUUAUGUCCUUGCGCCCGACGAAAGCGAGUUCCAGCGGCCGCCUCCAUCGCCUCCGCCGAUCUCCGUGGACUCGUCCAGGGUGACCUGGACGCCCUCAAGGGGGUUGAUGGCCGAAAUUUUGUUAGAUCGCACUGGUCAGUUGUCGUCGCGCGGCUCGCCUAGAAAAGGCGAUUACAUUGCAGCGGACGCUGAUUGAGGAAGCCACUGCUCUCUACGGCGCUCUGAAGCGAAUCAGAAUUCUAUUCUUCAACCAUUCUUUUUUGCUAGCCUGGACUUAAGUUUCUCAUCAAGUGACUAAGAAGACGCUGAAAUCAUUAAUCUGCCAAUGAAACAUGAAUGUUCGAGAGCUUUUUAGCCCUUGGUGGGCGGAACCGGAAUAUUCACUUUCGUGUGAUCGACCCAGUAUCCUUGAUGCAGUAUAAAAUGGAUCAGACAGAACAGUUGGACAGGGAAUCGAAUCUGCAGCAUGUUACCAUUUUUCACUUGUGCAAUCUGUGGUUGACAGCAGCACUCGCAAGAACCAGAAGCAAGCUUUUUGUUUAGAUGGGCUUAGCAGAUAUCUACGAUAGAUCACAUAACGCUUGGGCAUUUUGGCUUGUUCCUCUUUUUCAGAUUUGCUUAUGAACAGAUCAAAAGCACGAAGACAAAUGUGCAAGAAUUGGUUUCAUGAUUCAGUUCCUUAGAUCAAAUUUGUGAAAUAAUUUAAUGUAUUCGAAGUUUCUCGAUGCUUACA